GUCCCGAAAAUUAAAGCUGAAUGAGCAGGGCAUUGUAGUCAUUUUGUCACUCAAACGACCUUUUCAUUAUAAGUUCUCCCUCUCUGAACUGAAGUGAAAGACAAAAGAAACCUCCUCCUCUCCAGAGCUUCCAAAAGCCUCUUAAACCCUCCUUUCAAAACUCUGUUGGGAGAGAGAGAAGGGAAAGAAAGAAAAGCUGAGUCUUUUAUCGGAGUUGGAAACGUGAUGGCGACUCUGUUUCCGGACGAUUUCAAGUGUCCAAUAUCUCUUGAGAUAAUGUCCGACCCGGUUAUCCUCUCAUCGGGUCACACCUUCGACCGAGUUUCAAUCCAACGGUGGCUGGACUCCGGUCACCGCACCUGUCCAAUUACCAAACUUCCCUUACCUGAUCACCCCUGUCUUAUACCCAACCACGCCCUUCGCUCCUUGAUUUCCAAUUAUACCCUUGUCACCUCUUCGAAAGCACAAACUUGUCCUCAACCCCAAACCCUCAUCUCUGCUCUGACUUCCCCAUUAUCCUCUGUUGGAGCCAAGCUCGACUCGCUCACCCAUCUAUCCAGACUCACCAAGCGUGACUCAGCACUUCGCCGGAAACUAACCGAGUCGGGAGCAGUCCCUGCCGUUCUCAAGUGUGUCGACUCGGACGAUCCGAGUUUACAAGAAAAGGCACUAUCUUUACUCCUCAACCUAAGUCUCGAAGAUGAUAACAAAGUGGGUUUAGUCGCUGAAGGUGCAAUUAACCGAGUCGUCAAAGUCUUACGUGUCGGGUCACCCGAUUGCAGAGCACUAGCUGCAACGAUCACAACCAGCUUAGCCGUUGUUGAGGUCAAUAAAGCGACAAUCGGGGCAUAUCCAGAUGCGAUUCGUGCAUUAGUUCGGCUUCUAAUUGCAGGAAAAGGAAGGGAAAAGAAAGAGGCAGCAACGGCUCUUUACGCAAUUUGUUCAUUUGCUGAUAACAGAAGAAGAGCUAUAGAUUGCGGGGCGGUGCCGAUACUCAUUGGGUUAUUGGAUUCAGGGCUGGAAAGGGCUAUUGAAGUGUUGGGAUUAUUGGUGAAAUGUAAAGAAGGCAGAGAAGAGAUGAUAAAAUUUAAUGGGUGUGUUAAAGUUUUGGUUAAGGUUUUAAGGAACGGGAGUUCAAGAGGAGUUCAAUAUGGGUUAUUUACUUUGAAUUGUUUGUGUAACUAUAGUGAAAGUUUUUGUUUUGAAGCGAGAAACGAAGGGGUUUUGGAGAUUUGUAUGGGGUUACUGGAUGAAGAGAAUGAGAAGAUAAGGCGGUAUGCUUCGAGUUUGGUUCAGACUCUGAGAGGAAAUCAUGCUAUUGCGUGAAUGAAAGUUUCUAUGUCGGAAAUGGAGACAAAUAGAAAUGCAGGGAUAACUGGUUCAUUAUUGCUCGUGUUGUGCGAGUUCAACCUUUGGACUGGUAAUUUAUCCCAAAUGAUAACUUUGGUUGGAUUAUGAAGACUACAAUGCAACCAAAAUUGUACCUUGAGACUCUUUCUUGUCGGUGUAAGAAGAGCAGCAGACCUUAUCUUGGUUCAGAAUAUGAAUAGAAUGGAUUUGUUAUGCCCAUAAUAGUUUUGUACAUGUUAUGAGCUAGGAAGGAACUAUAGGAAUGCUGAGUCAAUGAAAAACUGUUGCCUGUGCAAACCUCGGAGUUUUCGAUUGCCAUAUCAAAUUGGUGUUUCGGUUGGUUUGGCUGCCCGGGCUAAUCUGAGAUACCCUAGCGGAUGGCAAGUGUAUUUACUGGAGCAGCUUGCAUGCUAACUUGAAGAAUAUAUGGUACCUUUGUUACGGACCGCGCAUUCUCACUUGGCCAGGACAAAGCAAGUUUUGUAACUUCAGCAGAAGAUAUGCUCCAUUGAAGUUUACUCUCCAGUUUCUGUAGAUUCUUCACAGCAUUAUAUACUUGAGUUUUUAUGAGUUGAUGUAGGUUGAAUGUCAUUUAAAUUGUAAUCAAUUGAUAUGUUGUAGGCUAAAGCUUCACAAUGAGUUGCAGCUUACGUAGA